AUGUACUGGGGUGCAGCCAAGUACCACUACCGCAGUUCUCCUCGGACAACCAACAUCGAUGAAAUGGAGAAAAACAUGAUAGCAUGCCUUGAUGAUGUUCCGCACUUACAGAUCAUUCGCUAUGCCAAUCGCUCUGCCCGUUUCAUUUCAGCAUAUUAUUAUGGACUUAGUGGUGUGGAUGCAGUUUGGGCUGCCAGAAAGUAUGCUGGACAUAGGAUUCUCCCUCUGGACAUACUUGCAGAUAUAAGGGAGUUUGUUGAGAGUCGGGAACGGUCUCAAAGGGAGCGAGAGGCAGCGAGAAAGUAA